AUGGAACACAGAUCUGACUAUAAUUCAGCACAUGGAUCCUUUGCCACAAAAAUAUUUAGCGGCACCAAUGUCGACCACACAACUACUGCCAUUAUCGUGGUUCUUUGUAUUUUUGCGGGCAUGUUGAUCUUGUUCGGUCUUUUUCGGUUCCUACGCCAUCGGUUGGCUCGACGAUCCACUCCCCUACCACCCGUGCAACCUAUCGCUCACUUUCGUAAGCAGCGGCUGACAGAGUUUGCUGCACGCCCCCCCAUAUCGUCAACAUACUCCCUGUCCUCACACCUUUCUCCGUCAAAUGAAUUAUUGCCCGCCGCCAGCGAUUCUUCCUGUCUCACUACAAAGUACAAUCAGACUUUUCAUUCGCAAUCAAGUCUAUAUCUUGCGGAUAAAAACGAUCACCAAGGCGUGCCACCGUCUCCAGUGAAUGACGAAGAAGUUAUGCCAACGCCAAACCCCGCAUUUCAUCAUGCCAGGCGUUUUAGUAGCAGCUCUUCGGGUUCUAUUUCCUCUACUCCCCCCUCAGCUUCUAUUUCAUCACGUUCGCCAUCACAGACUACACUUACCCAUCCGUAUUCUCGUCAUACUGGUCCUGCGUUAGCAAUGUCCAGCACCUCCAUCCGAAGCAGGAGUUCUGGAAGAAGCACCAUCGUAGGUGCUCCGCAUGGACCCAUGAGCCAGGUCAGACUUGUACUACCUGCCCCUCUCGCUCCUUCUCUACAUCCAUAUCUUUCUGGAUCAGAAGCAGGUAGGUUGGGCGUGAAUGCCGAGACGCACAGAACCAUGGUCGAUAUGUGGGCACCCCCGCUUCACAGGUCGGCGAGCUCUGAUCAUAUUAGAUCAAAUUCGGCCGCAAUUUCUGCUACGUACCCGCACGGAUCUUUACCCUCUAAACCUCGACAGAGGACCUCCUCCUGCCAUACACCAUCUUCGUCAUAUCAUUCAUCUGUGAUUGGUUCUCCUCCUGUUCCCCCAAUUCCUUCUCAGUACCAGCAACUGAAUGGCGUAUCUUACGCCACGCAACAUCAGCAAGACCCUCCUACGAGAAGUCCUCUCGUGGUUUCACAAUCAUCUUCUGAAGAGUCAUAUACCUCGCGAGUCUUCGACCGCAUCUCGCCCGAAUAA